GAAAUGACGUGUUAAUAAACACCCCCAACCAUUCUUCUCCCUCCAUAGCUUUUAUUCAUCCACACACCUUUCAUUUCAUUCUUCUUCAUAAAAAUCACAAAAACCUAUAAGUUUUAUCAUCGAAAACCUUAAUUUUUCUUCAUGGAUUCCAUUAAAGAAAAGGAACCCACAAUGCAAACUCAUGUUAAAAUCCAAGAAAUUCAUCAAAAACCCACUUUGAAUCAACCAAAAACAAGUGAGUAUGAAGCUUUUCAAGUAAAAACCCAAGAAAUUCAUCCAAAACCCACUUUGAAUCAACAAAGAACAAAUGGGUAUGAAGCUUUUCAUGUUAAAACCCAAGAAAUUCAUCCAAAACCCACUUUGAAUCAACAAAAAACAAAUGGGUAUGAAGCUUUUCAAGUUAAAAGCCAAGAAAUUCAUCAAAAACCCACUUUGAAUCAACAAAAAAUAACUGGGUAUGAAGUUUUACAAAGUGAAAAUCAUGAUCAUCAAAAUCAACAACAACAACAACAGAAGAAACCCAUUGAUAGUAAGAUUGAAGAACCCAUGAACACCAUAGAAACCCAUCUAAGUUUUGAUGGUGGGAAAGAAGAACAAAAAAUGGAGAUCAAUGGAGGAAUUUUAGGGCCAAGAGAAAGAUUGAAGAGACAUAGAACAGAAGUAGCAGGACAAGUAUGGAUUCCUGACAUGUGGGGGCAAGAAGACUUUCUCAAGGAUUGGAUUGAUUGUACUUCAUUUGAUGCUUCUUUGGUACCUCAAAACAUCAUGUUAGCUCGAGCUUCAUUAAUGGAGGAAGGAAGAAGAUCAAGUUCAAAUACUCUGAGAGUAGAAAAUAGUUGUUAGAUUAUUGUUUUGAUCUUCAUUUUCCCAUUUUUGGGAGCUCAUUUGAGGUGUUAAUAUGAAGUUAUUGUUUGAAGAACAAGAAGCAACUCAAAGGGCUAUUAUCAGAACAAUUAACAAUCUCUUUUGUAAAGGCUAUAGAAAAAUCGAUCUCAACGACAGCAGAAAAUGAUUUAUUGGUUUAUAAUAUCAGACUUUAAUUGUGUGAGUUGAUCUUUGAGAUUGUUGUUGUUUUAUACGGGCUACGAUUUAUUUGCCCUAUAAAUUGAGAGAUUAUUAUUAUUAUUAUUAUUAUUAUUUGUGUUAAUUAUUGUUUCUAUUUAAACAUAAGUAUAUACUUAAUAGAAGUAUUUAUUUAUAUGUUCUUCAUUUGCUUGAGAUUAAGAUGUGACAAGAUCUUUUAUACCUUCAAUGUUCUCUUAUUGGGGCGUGAUUGGUACCUUUCAUGCAAAAGGAAUUUGAUAUUGUGAUUUGGUCAAUGAUGGUUGGUUUUUUUCUUCUAUUUUAUGCAAGAUUAUGACUUGAAUUUUGUGUAUUAUAAUUAUAUUUGGGUGUUAAAUUAUUUUUUGUGGUGAUAAGAUGAAUGAUUUACUAAAUGGUGCAAUAAGUUCAUGUAACUAUUGCUUGAUAGUGAUUAAGGAGUUCUUAAUUUAGUAUACUUCUAAUUUCAAUGCUACAAUCGUUGUAACAGCUAUUCAUCAAUUGAUCUU